AUGUCACCACAAGUAAAUAGUACUAAAGAAUGGAAAACUGACAAAGUUUUGAAUAAAAUAAUCUGGUUAUCUAUUGUAAUUUUGUCGAUAUUAACAUGCGCUUACCUGAUAAACAAUAUUUGGAACAAACGCAACUAUAAUCCAGCCCUUGUUACCUUAGACGGAAGACAAACACCUGUUUGGGAAAUUCCAUUUCCCACUGUUACAAUUUGCCCACAGAUCAAAAUUCACAACGAACUUUUCAAUUAUACACAUGUAUCAACAAAUUUAACAGAAGAUGAGUACGAAUAUUAUGAGAAUAUAUUAAAUAUUUUACCAUUAAUCGAUUUAUUUAUGUUUUCAAGGCAAUACUUUGCAGAGGUUGUAUCGCAAACAUGUAAUCUUAAAACGAUGUAUCUGUUUGAUUCGUUCGAAAACAAAUUACCGAAUGCAUCAAAUUUGUUAAAAAUGAUGUCGAAUAUAGCUCCAAAAUUAGAUGACACUUUGUAUGCAUGCUAUUGGAAAGAAAAUUUAGUAAAUUAUUGUGGACUUUUGUUUGAUCCUGUUUUAACAGAAGAAGGAAUUUGUUUCUCAUUCAAUUCAUUAAAAUCUGAACAUUAUCGGAAUGAAUUUAAAAAUUCCCGCCAAAAUAUUUCCUUUGAUAACAACUUUGACAAACCUGAUCGAAAAAUAGAAUGGGAUCUUGAAAAUGGUUACAAUGAAGAAGCUCUAUAUUCUUUAGAAGCAUUCCCUUUUCAUGCAGUUGGAUCAGGAAUUACGGAAAGCCUUAGAAUUUAUCUAAAAGAUAAUUAUGAUGACGAAGAUAAAAAAUGUAGAGCUCCAUUUCAGCGUUUCAAAUUAACUGUUCAAACUCCAGGAGAAGAACCACAAGUAUCAAAGAAUUUUAUUGAUCUUCCUUUUGACCACGAGGUUUCGUUAACAAUCAAGUCUCAGAUUAUGACAACUUCUGAAGGAUUGCGACAUUAUAAACCAGAAAGGCGUCAAUGCUAUUAUCAAAAUGAACGGUAUUUAAGGUAUUUUACAAAAUAUACUCAAGCCAAUUGUGAAUUGGAAUGUCUGGCAAAUCAAACCCUUGCCAAAUGUGGAUGUGUCAAAUUUUCAAUGCCAAGAAAUUCAUCUCAGCCAGUUUGUGGAGCUCGAAAUAGUUUGUGUGUUCAAGAAACUGCAAAUAAUUUUGGUAGUUGGAAAUUUAUGGCUAAAACAAAGCCUUUUGGUGAAAGUGUGUGUACUGGUAAUUGUUUGCCAACUUGUUUUGAUGUAAAAUACAAAGCAGAGAUUGAACAACAAAUUUCUGGUGACAGUCCGUACGACUAUUAUCGUAGCGAACGAUACACAGUUUUGACAAUUAAAUUCGAAGAAGAUGUACUCAAUGGUUUAAUACGUACAGAAUUGUACAGUACAACAGAUUUUAUUGCAAAUUGCGGAGGUUUGCUGGGACUUUUUAUGGGUGUGUCGAUUUUGAGUUUGGUGGAACUUGUUUACUUUUUUACUGUAAGAUUGUGGUUGAAUUUGAAAGCAAGAAGACAGAUAAAAGUUAGGGAAAUAGUGAAAUUUAAAGAAAUUGCUUGA